AAUCCCCAAACCAAACAUAGUCUUAGGCUAUCCUUCUUUGGUUAUGGCCCUUGGAGGAGAAUAGUUUUGCAUUGCGGCUUCAUCUGUUAAUUGUGUAAUCCAUUGAUGACAGUGGUGUGUAUGUGGGAUUUCUAGUGGGUUGUUGGGUCUUGGUUCAGGUAGUUUCUAAAGGCAUUUGCUUCUCUCUUAUCCUAAUAAAGUGGAGGGUAGUUGCCUUUUUUCAACUUCAUCUCAUCUCUUCUUGUUUCCUCUGGAGGCUUCUUCCCCUGGGUUCCAUCACACCAAUAUUCAAUUGUUGUUCAUUUUUAAUUUUGGGUGGUUGGAAUCUUGAACAGUGUCUUCAUCUUUUGAUGUAUUCUGAUUGCAUAGAAUAGCAGCGGGGAAUUCUGUGCACAUGAAUAUAAAUGAAAAAAAAUCUCCAUAUUAUUAGUGAGAAAUUUUUUGAAGGAAGUUCACCACGAAAAGAAUUAUUGAUCUACAGAGGAAAAUGGGAUGAAGUUAGGGUGUGGGACUAUAUUUGCUCCUAUUUAAGGAUUAGUGAUGAUAGUAUACUGGAUGAUUUAAUGCUACAAAAGAGCUGGUUUCACAAAUUGUGAAACCUACUUAGGUAAGAGGACAUUAUGUGCCAUUUUGGACUAAAAUUUCAAAUAAGAAGUUAUAAUCUUCCUCAAAUUGUCUUAAUCUGGUUUGCAAAAGACUGCUCCUAUGUAUGCAAUGCUAUACCAUUUUUUUAGCGAUGUGCUAACUACUUAAGAAUUAAGAUACAUAUAGGUAUUAUCUGAAAAUUGAAUCAUUCUUUAUUUUAUUUUGGUUACUAUAUUUGAGUGCCAUGAUGCUUGAUGGCAAUGUCUAGCUCAAGUGAUGACAUGAAUGUUUUCAGCAUGUCAUGUUUUGUCAUGUGUCAUAUGCAAUUGAUUAUAUACUUCCAUCUCGCCAAUUAAGUGGGAAAGACUAGGAAUAGCUACAAUUGUUCUUAAUUGGCCAGAAAGUCUGAACUGAACCCGUGUUUGGUUUCAUCCUCCUAUGCAGUGUUAGCAUUGAAGCUCUGCAUGUUUUCUGGAAUUUAUUUUAUAUGGUACUAACCAUUCCUUUAAGAACAUAGACAUAUACCCUGAAGAUCCUUUGAAUUGAUCCAUGAUUAUUGAUGGAUACGGGAUUGCCCGAGUCAUUUGAGUCUCUUAUAUAUUUGACACCAUCAGAUUAUUGGACUUUGUAAUGCAACCUGAGAUUUUCUUAUAAAUUAAUUUUGGGGGGGCUUUUGACCAUUGCUAACUGCUGCUUAUAUUCGUCUUUUUGACAGUGAAUAAUCUGAUUUGGAUUUAUAGCAUCUCGUAAUGGUUCUUCUCAUUGCUUUCUAUGUAUCGUUAUGGGAGCUUUGUAGAAUGAUGUGUUUCAUUAUCCCACUCCAUGGUUUACACGUUGUUUAUGGUGACAUCCAUCUGUGAUAUAUGGCUUUUGCAGGUGUGUGAUGAGCUCGAGGACAUGAUGGAAGAAGGGGGAAACAUCGUGGACUACCAUGGUUGUGACUUCUUUCCCGAGCGUUGGUUUGAUCGUGUGGUGGUGCUUCAAACUGAGAACUCUGUGUUGUACGAUCGCUUGACUAAGAGAGGUUACACUGGUUCAAAGCUUACAAACAACAUAGAAUGUGAAAUAUUUCAAGUGUUGCUGGAGGAGGCAAAAGAUAGUUAUCCAGAAGAUAUUGUGGUGCCAUUAAAGAGCGACAAUGUUGAUGACAUAAACAGGAAUAUAGCGACUCUGACGGAUUGGGUUGGGAGCUGGUGCCCUAAACCCUAAUGAUAUCAACAUCCCACGUCUCUUAAAAGGCAUAUAAUCCUUUCUGUAAAAGGGUCGUGGGGGACUUGAUGCAUCAUUUGACCUAUUUUCUUUUCUUUUUUGUUUUUGGGUGUGUUUUUUGAGAUUAGGAGAGAUAUUAGAAAUGUGCCGACUGUUUUUUCACUUAAACAUUCUUGGGAUCUGGCAUGAUGAAUAUGUUAUUAAUUAUACUUCUUGUUACUGCUUUGCAUUGUGAUC